CACCUCUCUGGGCGACCCCUGCCAGGGUUUCACCACCCUCAUUGUAAAGAAUUUCUUCCUUAGAUCCAGUAUAUCUUUCCUUAUGACACAGUGUGUAAAGUAGGCAUUAGGGGCUGAGUGCUCUGAUCCAGAACAAAACAGGCCUUUUUUAGUCAUCGGAGAUGUUCUCGUCUUUAUCGCUGGGGUGGAGUCACUCUCAAAUCACAUGAUUUAAGAUUUUUAAGACUUUUUGAGAAUUUUGAAGACAUAAUUUUCAGUCUCUCUGGAUAAAUGUGUAUCUUCCCUUUUCCUAGUGCCUGGUGAGAGUAAGCCUUCCCUUUUCAUUUAAGGAAAUGUAAGGUUUCACACGCUAGUGUUUCUGGAAGGGUUUAUUUCAUGUAUGGGAUUGCGUGCUAAACGGUAUUUAGAAAUUCAAAGGCUUGAGCAUGAAGUGUAACAAUUUUUUUUUAAGCAGCACAGAGGUCUAAACUUUUUUAAAGUUCUCUUCAACGAGAGAUUCUUUUAAUGUGCUGUUUUAGGAAAAACAUGAGCUUGCAGCUUCAAUAACUAUUUAAUUCUUGGUUUUCAUUCCAUGUUGUCUAUCUUGUAUGCUAGAAAGGAGGUACUGUGGAAAGGGUAGUUUAGACAUGUUAAUGUGUGGUUGUAUUAAAAACGCACAAAUGCAAGCAAUUCCAAAUUUGGUAUCGGUUGAGGAUAAUACUCCUUAAAUUUAGUUUCGGAGUGAAGAUGAUGUGGGUAUAAAACGCCAAUGCUAAAUGUUUCCCUUGAGAAAAUUAGUUUAAAAUCAAGGGUGCCUGUUGUGGGGGGAGGUCCGUUUUACUAUAAAACAAGUUUUUUCCACAGGUAGGUGGAACUUGUUUCACAGCUGGAUGUAAGUAUAGAUGGCUACAACUUAAAUAUUUCCAAGGUGGCUAUCUGACAGGUUAAGUUUUCUGCAAUGAACUUCCACAAAAACUUCUCGUAAAUGAAGCAGGGGUCUAAUUUUGCAGCCCUUGGGCCUUUUCAGCAAACUGAAAUCUGAUGCUGUUUGAACAGUACAGCUAAAAGCUGAAGUUGUCAUGCACCCGUGAAUGAGUAGUGUUACUCUUGCACAUCAAUGGCCUCUGUGCCAAUAAUUCCAGACUCUUACAACCAUGUGUUGGCAGAAUUUGAAUGUUUGGAUCCGUUGCUUUCUGCGCUCAGGCUGGAUUCGAGUCGUCUGAAGUGCACGUGUAUAGCUGUGUCGAAGAGAUGGCUAGCUCUAGGCAGUUCAGGAGGAGGUCUGAACCUUAUACAGAAAGAUGGUUGGAAGCAAAGACUCUUUCUCGCUCAUAAGGAAGGUGCCAUUUCCCGGGUUGCCUGUUGUUUACAUGAUGAAGACUAUGUUGCUGUUGCCACCAGCCAAGGUCUUGUAGUAGUCUGGGAGCUGAAUCAAGAACGUCGUGGGAAGCCAGAACGGAUUUAUGUUUCCUCUGAGCAUAAGGGCAGAAAAGUCACAGCUCUCUGUUGGGAUAGAGCUGCCCUUCGUGUUUUUGUGGGAGAUCAUGUGGGAAAAGUAUCAGCCAUCAAGAUUAACACAUCGAAACAAGGGAAGGCUGCUGCUACUUUUGUGAUGUUUCCUGUUCAGAUUAUAACCACUGUAGAUUCUCGGGUUGUUCAGCUUGAUUAUUUGGAUGGAAGACUGCUCAUAUCUUCACUUACACGCACUUAUUUGUGUGAUACUGAGAGAGAGAAGUUCUGGAAAAUUGGUAACAAAGAGAGAGAUGGAGAAUUUGGAGCAUGUUUCUUCCCUGUUGGAAAAAACGGUGGGAAUCAGCAGCCAUUAAUAUAUUGCGCUCGACCUGGCUCAAGGAUGUGGGAGGUGAACUUCGAUGGGGAAGUGCAAAGCACACAUCAGUUCAAGCAGCUGCUUUCAUCACCGCCUCUCCCUGUUGUUACUCUCAGGCUGGAUCCUCAUUAUACUAGUUCCAGCUGCUCUCCACAGUCUUUAUCUUUCCCCAAGCUACUCUAUUUGACUGAGCACUGUGUGAUGACCUGGACAGAAAGAGGCAUUUAUAUUUUUCUUCCCCAAAAUGUUCAAGUCUUACUCUGGAGUGAAGUAAAAGAUAUUCAAGAUAUUGCAGUUUAUAAAAAUGAGUUGUUCUGUCUGCAUACAAAUGGAAAAGUUGUGCACCUCUCCCUUCUGCUGGUAGACCGCUGCAUAGAGCGUCUAAUAAGAAGAGGAUUCUGGACACUUGCUGCCAGGGUCUGUUGUCUCUUCCAAAAUUCAAUAAUUUCUUGCAGAGCAAGAAAAAAUUUGCCGCUAGACAAGCUGGAGCACUUGAAGUCUCAGCUGGAUGCCUCGACCCAACAAGAUGUCAUUACACAGCUAGAAGAACUGAUUUCAAAGUUGGAACCUCUAGAUUCUGCAUGCAGCAGUAGAAGGAGCAGUAUUUCAUCUCAUGAAAGCUUCAGUGUCUUAGACUCUGGAAUAUAUCGUGUUAUCAGUCGAAGAGGCAGUCAGUCAGAUGAAGAUUCAUGUUCUCUCCACAGUCAAACGUUCUCAGAAGAUGAGAGACUUAAAGAAUUUCCUGCACACCAGGAAGAUGAGCAAGUAGAACUUGACAAUGUAUCUCAUGCAUCUGUGACGGUUGAGGCUGACCGGAAUGAGACAUUUCUCCCAUUCAGUAUUCCUUUGUCAUUUCGUUCCCCAUCUCCUCUCGUCUCUCUCCAAGCUGUCAAAGAAAGUGUUUCCAGCUUUGUACGCAAAACUACGGAAAAGAUUGGCACACUUCAUAUAAGUCCUGAUACUAGAGGGAGGCAAGAAGCAAAGGAUGACGAGCAGCUGCAAGAGUUGACUGUUAAUCUGGUAGCAUCUCCCCAGGAAGAGAAAGAGUUAGAACCACAGAGCUGCCAGCUUCCAGAGGAAGACCAUCUAAGAGAUCUCAAGGCUGCAACAGCAGAAGCAAUAGCCAAACUCCAGGAUCCCCUGGUUUUGUUAGAACCACGGUGUAUGAGAAGGGUUUUACAGGAAUGGCUUAUCUAUCUAGAAGAAAAGUUCGGCAGCAGGGAGCGUUCUGAUUCCUCUAUUAAGAAAAGCAAGACUGUGUGUACUGAAAAAGAGAGGGCAGUCCUGGAGGAAAGCCUACGACUGGAUCCAACUGAUGGAGACCCUGCAGACAAAGAACAGAGUAGUAUCUUGGAAGACUGUGCUGAAAAGGAAAAUACUGAUGAAACCUGUGUAAGCGAAGCUGUGUAUGAAAACAGUACUGAUUUGAAGGGACCGUUGGACUGCUGCUUUCAAGUUUCUCCUCCAUGUGUCAUAGAACAGGAUGUUCACAAAGAUCUCGUUGAGUUGACAACAUUGUGUUUUGAGCUGCGUGUAUUUUCUUGUGGAAAUGGUAAGGCAGAGGAAAGCUCUGAUGGAAGUCUGCCACUAGCAGCUUCAUGGACCUUGGCUUGUAGGUUUAUGCGAACCUACUUCUUCCUUUUGGAUUUAAAAAGACUAAAGCAGUGUAUUAUAACCAUGUAUGCAACCAGUCCUCAUGUAUGGGAAACAUACAUCGCAGGAUUGAAAGAACUAACUUGUCACAGUCCAGCGGCUUUAGCAAUGGAAAAUGAAGAUAUGUUGAAAAUACUGAAACAGCUGCAUGACCUGGGGCCUUGGGAUGAUAGUCCGUUGUUACUGGUACAUGCUCAAAGGCUUUAUGAAAAAUUUGGGGAAACAGCUCUUCGGCCCUUGAUCAAGUUCCAUCCCUCUAUUUUGCCUUCUGAUAUCAAACAGCUUUGCAGGAAUGAUCCAGCUCACUUCUUAGCAUAUUUAGAUAGUCUGGUGAAAUCAAAGCCAGAGGAUAAAAGGUCAUUUCUCCUUAGAUCUCUUCUGCAGCCGGAAUCUGUACGACUGGAUUGGUUGUGCUUGGCAGUUUCUCAUGAUGCACCACAAAGGGCAAAUACAGUGGAUCCAGAAGGAAAUCCCAGGCCACGAUCACAUUUGUUUACUUGGGGCUACAGCCAGCUCAUUCUGCUUUUGAUUAAACUCCCAGCUGAUUUUGUUACAAAAGAGAAGAUGGCUGACAUCUGUAAAUCACAUGGAUUUUGGCCUGGAUAUCUUUUUCUCUGUCUGGAGCUGGAUAGAAGAAUAGAAGCCUUUACUAAUAUUGCUCAUUUGGAUGAUUUGAGCCUGUUGAAUGGAGAAGAUGGUUCCAUGCCAGAGACUACAGAAGAAUGGAAGUUUCUUUUGCAUCUUGCACAAAAUCACAGCACAGCUUUCCACCACCGUGGCCCACAGAACGGGAAUGCUGUCAGCAAUGGCAGCCCAAGCUGCCCAGACUGCAUCACUGUGGAAAACGUAGCACUCUUGCUGGCAAAGGCCAUUGGCCCAAAUCGCGCCUUGCCUCUCUUACAGGAGUGUGGCUUGACACUAGAAUUGUCUGAGAGAUUUAGUAGUGUCUGUGAGAUACUGAGAAUUGCUGAGAAAAGGCAAAGAGCGCUGAUUCAGUCCAUGUUGGAAAGGUGUGACCGGUUCUUGUGGUCUCAGCAAGCAUAGAAAACAACUUGGAAAACUUUGGGAACGUUUUUUUACUGUAAUGAUUGUAUAUUAAAGUGCCUCUUAAACUUACUGGGCUCUUAAAAAAAAUGAACUCCUGUCUAAUAGUUAAAUUCUAUUGAGCCAGUCUUCAUCUGGCAGGUAUCUGACCAGGAACUGUUGACAGUUCUUCUUUAUUCCUUUGGAGAUGAGUUUUGAACUCUAGAACUUAAAUUGAAACAAUCCAGUAUUUAUCUUGAAAUUAAGCUCACAGAUUUCUGAGAUGAAAAUUCCUGAAUUUAUUUUCUGAGUCUAUAUGACUUACAUGUUAAGGAUAUGAUCCCGUAAGUAUUAAAUUAUGAUGUAUAAAAUUUUUUGUUUGUUUGCAAACAUGAAAAGCCAUUCCUGAAAUAUCUAAGCUCAUACUUGUUUAAUUUUUCUGUAAAAGACAUUGACUUUUUCAAGUUACUGUAGAAGUGUUUGUUAUGAUACUUUUUUUUUUUCCCCUCUUAAAAUAUAUAGACUGGCCUUGCCCAUUUGAAAUGCAUUAAUUCAGCCAAGUCUUAAAAUGGGAGUGAAUUAACGGUUAAGAAUGCUGAUUAACAGAAGAACUUGCUAAACUAGAAGCAUAAUAUUUUAAAUUGCCCAUAUCUAUUUGUGCAACAUGACUAUAGACAUCAGUUGUGCUAUUUCAACAAACCUCAGGACAGUGGAAUUAGCAUCAUAGAAUCAUUUAGAUUGGAAAAGACCUUUAAGAUCUUCAAGUCCAACCAUUAACCUAGCAC